CAUUGCACACUCCACUCCCCCAGCACCCGUCAUGGUACUCAAGUUUGUGGGCAUUGUUACCGCAACCAUUGUCAUGGCCUUUCUCAUUGGUGGCCUUGCUGGCGCCCUCUACAAGAUCGAGGGUUCCGACACGCUGGGCGACUAUACCACUCGUCUGUUCUGGCACAAGGCCGAGGCCAAGUACUCCUCCGGGAACCUCAAGGGCACCGCGGUUACGCUCAAACUCAACAGGGACGACAACCCCAACCUCUAUGCGCUCAACGACGGCAUGCUCUCGAUGAUGAUCUUUGCCUUCAUGGCCUCCAUUGGCGCCCUGGUCGGCGCUGUCCUCUACGCCUUUGAUCCGGUGCCGGCUGCCCCCGCUCGCUCUCCAAGCUCGUGGUCCUGGGCGCUGGCGUUGCAACCGCCGUCCUCAUGCUCAUCUACCUCAUUGGUGUCGGCGUCGGCCUGCCUCCCGCUAUUGAGAAGGACUGCAAGCGCACUAGCUCGAACUGCGAGGCCCCGGACUUCUUCGGCAAGAAGAACGGUGAGACGCGCUCGGGCGGAGAGGGCUACAUUGUCACCAUGGUCGCCAUGCCGUUUGCCAUUGCCACCGUGAUCUGGAUCUUCAUCUUUGACGCCGAGGCCACCGAUGGCCCUGCCACUAACGACGUCCAGAU